AUGAGAGAUGACAAUUUGAAGAAAAGCAAGCUUUCAUGGCCAAAAACAUUGGUCAAAAAAUGGUUCAAUAUCAAGAGCAAAUCUGAGGACUUUCAAGCAGAUGAUAUAAUUUCUCAAGUUGUUGAUGAAGAGUAUAGGAGCAACUACUCAGAGAUUGAGACAUGUUCUAUCAAGAAAAGCAAAACAGAGAGAUCAAGCAGAAGGUACAUAGAUAGAAUGCAAAGAGGUAAGAAUUACCUUGGUGAAGCUCAGGUUGACGAUGUAUGUAACUAUAGAAUCUUUGUUGCUACUUGGAAUGUGGCAGGGAAGUCGCCUCCGAGUUAUUUAAGUCUUGAAGAUUGGCUUCACAUUUCUCCGCCUGCUGAUGUUUACGUUCUUGGGUUUCAAGAAAUUGUGCCUCUUAAUGCCGGUAAUGUUUUGGGAACAGAAGACAAUGGUCCUGCAAAAAAAUGGCUAGCACUUAUAAGGAAGACGCUGAACAACCUUCCGGGAACAAGUGGUGGAUACCAUACUCCAUCUCCUAUUCCCGCUCCUAUUGUGGAGCAAGAUGCUGAUUUUGAAGGAUCGAUGAGACAGAAGGCAACCUCUUUCUUCCAUCGGAGAUCCUUCCAAGCUAUGAGUCGCAGUAUGAGAAUGGAUAAUGACAUGUCGCUUCCACAAUCUUGCCUAGAUCGACGUCUCAGUGUCUGUGAUAGAAUGAUAUCAGGUCACAGGACAAGCGACUAUGACAACAAUUGUCGGUGGGGAUCGUCAGAUGAUGAAAAUGGAGGUGGUGACUCACCGAUUACAACAGAUUAUUCGCCAAUGUCAAAUGGAGGUUGUUUACCUAUGGAGGAGACUGACAGACCGAUAGGAAACUCAAGAUACUGUUUGGUUGCUAGUAAGCAAAUGGUGGGUGUAUUUCUAACCGUUUGGGUGAAAAGUGAUAUCAGAGAUGAUGUUCAUAACAUGAAAGUGUCGUGUGUUGGAAGAGGAUUGAUGGGAUAUCUCGGAAACAAGGGUUCAAUAUCAAUUAGUAUGUCAUUGCGCGAAACAAGUUUUUGCUUUGUCUGUAGUCAUCUGACUUCCGGUCAAAGGGAUGGUGAUGAGCUAAGGAGAAAUUCCGACGUAAUGGAGAUUCUCAGAAAGACAAGGUUUCCACAGGUCCAUGACACGAAUGAUGUGAAUUCUCCUCAGACAAUUCUUGAACACGAUCGAAUAAUUUGGCUGGGGGAUUUAAAUUAUCGGAUAGCUCUUUCGUACCGAGGAGCAAAAGCUCUUGUUGAGAUGCAUGAUUGGAAGACUUUGUUGAAGAAUGACCAGCUGUGUAUAGAGAAGCGGCAAGGUCGAGUCUUCACAGGAUGGAGUGAAGGGAAAAUAUAUUUUCCUCCCACGUAUAAGUAUUCAAACAAUUCCGACAGUUAUGCGGGUGAUGACAGACGCUCGAAACAGAAGAGAAGAACUCCAGCAUGGUGUGAUCGUAUCUUGUGGUAUGGAAGUGGCUUACAACAAUUAUCCUACGUUCGUGGCGAGUCGAGAUUCUCUGAUCAUAGGCCAGUUUGUAGCAUAUUCUUGGCAAAAGUUGAGUCUAUUAACAGUAGCCAAGUAAAGAAAGGCUCUAGUUGUUUGAAUUCCAGAAUUGAAGUAGAAGAGUUAUUGCCGCAUUCACAUUCACAUGGUUAUGGUUACACCGAUUUCCAUUUCUAUUGA